AUGAACGACCAAAACUCGCCAUUCCCGCUCACAGAAGAGAAUCUGCAGGCGCUCUUGCGCGCGAUAUCGGACUCGUCACUCUCAGACUCGCCGACGGCUGCAGCAGCGGCAUCCUCCGUAUACGCCUCUCCCUCGCAUUCACUUCCACACACUCCUCUGAACCACGUGGUCUAUGGCACGCCGCCGUAUGCUUCUUCACCGCUUGCACAGCGGAGUAGGAAGGUAGUGGAGGACGUGGACGACACGGACGACACGGAUGUCGAGACGGCAUCGUUGACGACGGUUACGGACAUUGCUGCCCCGGAGGGAGUGAGACAGGUUGCGAGAGUAGCGAGCACGGUUGUGUCGACACCACAGGGAUCGGUCGUGAACUUUAGGACGAGACAGGCUGCGGCACGGAUUAGGACCGAUGGUCGCAGACCUGUGCAGGGAACGAGGCAUCGGAGGCGACUUGAGAACGCCCGAAUGCUGUAUAAUCCACAUGCGGUCCCACCGACUCCUCAAGACUACCUUCCCCAGCCGAUGUAUGCGAUCCGCAGGAUAGACCGCGACCUGGCGUCAUACCUUGCGUCACGCACGCCCAUCACCGAGUCAUUUCUGACCGAGCUCUCGGCAGCUGAAGAGUUGAGGCUACAGAAGAUUGCGGAUAAGGCGGCGUUAGAGCCGAGGAUUCCAAAAACACUGAAGGAGAGGGUCAAGAAAGGUCAUUUGACACAGCCGUUUCUGAAAGGGUUGGAGGAAGAUAUUCGGGAAUUUGUGUUUUCGGUUCAUUCCCCAGAGGGAGAAAAGGAUGCAGAGUAUUCUGUCGAUGAGCGCGAGCUGUUUGCAAAAGCUGCCAUUGCUCGCAGAGAUGGUUUGAGCUACGACGAGAGCAGCAGCACGAAACCUGUAAAGUCCGAAAAUCGCGAUCCGAAGAAAAAGCAUAAGGAGCCGAAGGAGCAGUAUCUAUUAGAGAAGGAGAUCGAGAUAGAGCCUGACAGCGAAAAGGCGGAAUCAUUCUCUCGGUGGAUAGUUUAUCAGAUUGCGGAUUACUACCGGCUGAGUUGCUACACUAAAAUUGUGGACGAUAGACGGAUACCAUGCGUUGUGUUGAACGUUGAGCAGAGUAGCAUGUUUUUGGAGAUGCCUCGAGCUAUUUGGACAUUUGUUUAG